AUGAAGACGAAGAGCGCGGAGGAUUCGUCUGACGAAAAAUCACCUGCUAAAGCUGACGAUGGGAUAGCGGUGCCUUUGGAUCUCCAUUCGUACAAUGAAUUGCUGGAACGAUAUCUGCUGUCGAAGGUGGCGAAAACACAGCUCACUGUAAGCAUCAUAGAGGAUGGAAGCUAUCUCCUAAAAAUGAACGUGGACCCAUUUCCUCCUCUCACAUGCCUCAUUCCUAAACAUGAUUGGGUUAUGACGAUGCAGAAAGUGGACGCUGUGGUGAAGAUGAACCCUGAAAUGACAGCUGAAACAAACUCGUUCUCGUGUACGGAGAAUGCUUCUGAGAAGGCACUAGUCGUUUCGAAAAGGUCUCCAGAGUUCAACAAAUCUCCCUCCCCUUUUCCGCCUAGUACAAGUUCGGCACAGCUGGUCAUUCUGGAGGACAAAUAA